UACUGCAGUUUGGUCAUACGGGUUUUUUCUGUGGUCAGUGAGUGACAUCAAACUGGAGGCCAAACCCUCCUCUUUUAGCCCGGCCAGACCUCGCGCUCCCCUCUACUUUGUUGCCACUGCGCUCUGAGAAAGAGAGAGAAAGAGAGGGAGAGGGAGAGGGAGUGAGAGAGAGAGAGCGUUAACAAAACGCUGCGCCAGCGAAAUCCCAGUCGUGAACGCGUCCUGCGCCCCGCGUGCACGCGCCCUUUUCCGAACAAACGACAGUUUUAGAGCAGCGAAACAUCCUGAGACUCACUGAUCCCCGCGCGCGCUCUGCUUCUCCGGUGUUUACAGCUACUGCAGCAGCGCCAUGUGGAUCGUGCUGCUGCUGUGCGUGUGCGCCGCGUGCGCCUCGGGUACCGCGGGAGCGCGUGUAAGUAAGCGCUUCGUGAUCGGCGGGUGCCCGGGACACUGCGAUACGAGCACGUGCCCGGCCAUGCCCAGGCUCUGCACCACCGGCCAGGUGAUGGACCAGUGCGGCUGCUGCCCGGUCUGCGCGUCCGGAGAGGGCGAGGCGUGCGGCGGCGUGGGGAAGCUGGGGGACCCGGUGUGCGCGGAGGGGCUGGAGUGCUCGGUGAGCGGCGGGGCGGUGGGCUACACGGCCACGGUCAGGCGCAGGGGGCAGAGCGGCGUGUGCGUGUGCCGAAGCGGGGACCGCGAGCCCGUGUGCGGGAGCGACGGCCAGACCUACCGGAGCGCGUGCGAGCUGAGGCGCGCCAACGAGAGGGCGCAGAGACUCCAGCAGCCGCCCGUGCUGCUCAUCCAGCGCGGCGCGUGCGGCACCGCUCUGGAGCACCCAAACAGCCUGCGGUACAAGUACAACUUCAUCGCUGACGUGGUCGAGAAGAUUGCCCCUGCUGUAGUUCAUAUUGAACUAUAUCGCAAGAUGGUGUAUUCUAAGCGUGAGAUGGCAGUGGCUAGUGGAUCGGGCUUUGUCGUGUCAGACGAUGGACUCAUUGUGACCAACGCCCACGUGGUGGCCAAUAAGAACAGGGUGAAGGUGGAGCUGAAGAACGGGGCGUCCUACGAUGCAAAGAUCAAAGACGUAGAUGAGAAAUCAGACAUCGCUCUCAUAAAGAUUGACUCUCCGAGUAAACUUUCUGUGCUGUCUCUGGGUCGCUCAGCUGAUCUCAGGCCUGGCGAGUUUGUGGUGGCCAUUGGCAGCCCGUUCUCCCUCCAGAACACCGUCACCACCGGCAUCGUCAGCACCACUCAGAGAGGCGGCAAGGAGCUGGGCCUGAGGAACUCCGACAUGGACUACAUUCAGACUGAUGCCAUCAUUAAUUACGGAAACUCCGGAGGACCUCUAGUUAAUCUGGAUGGUGAGGUGAUUGGGAUAAACACUCUUAAGGUUACAGCCGGGAUCUCCUUUGCCAUUCCUUCAGACAAGAUUACACAGUUCCUGUCUGAGUCCUACGACAGACAGGCCAGAAGUGGUAGAGGAGGAGCGAAGAAGAAAUACAUUGGUGUCCGAAUGAUGACACUGACCCCUGCGUUGGCUAAAGAGCUGAAAGCUAAACAGAGGGACUUCCCUGAUAUUACAUCUGGAGCCUACGUAAUCGAGGUCAUCACCAAAACCCCAGCUGCUGUUGCUGGCCUGAAGGAACAUGAUGUCAUCAUCUCCAUCAACAGCCAGCGGAUCUCCACAGCCACAGACGUCAGCACAGCCAUCAAAAAAGACUCCACUCUGCGCAUGGUUGUUCGCCGCAGCAACGAGGACGUCAUGCUCACUGUGAUCCCCAUGGAAAUCGACCCUUGACCUUGACUGGAGCUGGUGCUAAUUCUCCACAGCAAUGAACUCACUGGGCAUGUCUGAGGCCACACCCACUGGCCUUCUGAUGACCGGCAGGGUGAAAGGCUCUGUCUUACAGACUGUAUAAAGUGCAUUAAUUUAGACCCCUUUUCACAUGUAUUAUGAAUUUUUUUUUGUUUGUUUAUGUUUUUUUUUAAUAUUAUAUUACUAAUAAAUGUUACUACUGUUUACCAGGUAAAAUAAGCCAUGGUUAGUUCUCAAAAAUACUUUUUCCCAUAAAAUACAAAAUGAAGCAUCUUUCUUAGCUGUGUCCAGCCCAUCAAUGCCGAUGUAAAGCAAUUUAUAAAAGUUUAAAAUUUAAACCUAAAUGUUUUUGGAUUUUAUACAAUUUUUUGUAAAAUAAAAAUUUGACUUUUUCAUUAUGUACAAAAAAAGAAUAAAAGACAUUUGAUAUU